AUGGUCGUUUUUCCUGCCUCUUGGCUCCUCGCCGGGUUCUGCGUACUACCCCUCGCCACUGCCUACCCCGCCUCUGCCAACACUACCAUCGAGGACCAUAGCCUAUCUAGCUCCUUGUCAUCGUCCGGUCCCGAGUCGACGUCUUCAGGCGCGCUUCAUUCCGGCCAAGACAGACCUCGCUUCAUGUCUCACGAUACUCCGUCCGACCACUACCCUCUUGACUCUAUCUGGUGGCAAGCUUCCAGUCACCACAUCCCUCGCACGGUAGUCCUGGACGGCUGCCGACUUGCAGAUGCCAAGAUAAAGCUGGAAGAAGGAGACAAAGAGAUGCAGGAAGUUCUAGACAAUCUGUUGAGACAGGCCAACAUCUGGAUGGAGCAAGGACCGUGGACGGUAGUAGCAAAUUCUAAGUCUGUACCGAACGGUACCAACCAUGAUUACGCCUCUCAGGCUCCUUACUGGUGGGCCAACAACUGGAACGAUACCUCCUCCAACGAGACAUGUCCAUACGUCCAGCGUGACGGCGUUGUCAAUCCAGAAUCCCUUGAAUACACCUCCCACCAAGACAGGUUGUCCAUGUUCACGGCUUCCUACACACUGGCGCUGGCUUGGUAUUACACCGACAACCCAUACUACAGAGCGCAUGCUGCAGACAUCUUGAGGACUUGGUUUAUUACCAACUCUACCGCGAUGACACCGCAUCUGAACCACUCGCAGAUCAUUCCUUGUGCCAAUGAUGGAAGAGCUAUCGGCGUUAUCGAUUUCUCACAACAGUACACCGACGUUCUUGACACUGCUGCUAUCCUCAGCACUGUAUACGAUGCGACCUGGAAUAGCGGAACGGAGGCGGUCUUCCGAGAAUGGAAUACGGAAUAUCUUGCCUGGUUAACUGAUAGCGCCUUUGGCAAGACCGAGCUCGCUGCCGCUAAUAAUCACGGUGCUUUCGCCCGUCUUCAAAUCGCCGGUGUGGCUGCCUAUGUGGGGCAGUACGAGCUCGCUCGCUCAAUGACCUCUGGCACCAAGGCCCUGAUCGACAAUUACAUCACUGCCAACGGCUCGCAACCCCUGGAACUCGCCAGGACGCGCUCGUGGCACUACACUUGCUUCGAUCUCGUCGCGUACACUCGUCUGGCGGAUAUAGGUGUUCAGCUUGGAGUUGAUUUGUGGGGAUAUGAAGGUCCAGAUGGACAGUCAAUAUUAGGCGCAAUCGAUUUUCUGAUCCCUUACGCCACAGGCAACCAGACGUGGCCGUACCCCGAGCUUUCCUUCUUCCAAUAUGCCCCCAGCGAUUCUAUCAAUGCCGCAGCCGAUCAGGGCGAUGAGGCUGCCAAGGCUGCUGUGCCAUAUAUUGCGUACUCCCCGUCUACUGGCAACCAGUGGCCCUUGAGGCCUUCCGCGGAGCAGUUGGAUAACAUUGCUUCGACUGGGUAG